GGGAGCAAGUUGGCUCUGAGUGGGUAGCAUGCGUCACUGGAUCAGGAGCUUUGGGCGGUGUAUGAUGCUAUUUUCCAGAAGCAGAGUGGCGCAUUAAACAGGGAGAGUGUUUCACUGAAAACACAAGAAGAGAUCCCAAAUAUAUGCAUGUAUUUAUGUUUCAAAAAUACUAGAGGAAACGGGGCGUCCCGGCCGCUUUGCAUUCUGAUCGAGCCUUUUGCAAUCGUGUUGAAUGGAUCAGCGUCCGCCCCAGGACUCGGUGGCGAUGGGAUGAGAUGAGAUGAAUAUCGUGGCUGAGGCAAGGACUGCUGUGUCUUGUUCCUUUAAGCAAACAAAAAAAUAAAUAAAUAAAUAAAUAAAUAAAUCCGUUCAUCGAGGUCGAUAGAUGGGUGAGGGAUGGAGGCGGUGAACGGAGCUCCGGAGCUUCCGCAGCCGGCGGAGAAGAAGAAGCUGCACCGAGCUCCCUCCCCGGCCAGACCCAAGGCGAUCCGGGGCUGGUCGGUGGCGAAAUCCAAAUGUAACCCGGGCUCCAAGCAGGGGCUCGCCCAGUGCCGGCUGUCCCGGCACAGCCCGGCUCUCAAGGACAUCAAGCUGGGGAAAAUGCCAGCGAGUAAGGCGGCGGCAGCAGCGGCUGCUUCUUCCUCCUCUUCCCGAGCGGGUAAGAAGCCGGAGCGGGGAGCAGCCGGGCUGAAAGGCAGCGCCGCCGGCAAGAGGAAGAGCCAGCGGGGCGGCGGCGGCUCCUCCGCCGGCGCCGCUCUCGCUCUCGGCAAGUUGUCGCCCACCGCCACCGACAGCAGCUCCGAGCUUUCCGACUGCCCGUCCGAGCAGCUCUCCGAGGACAACAAGCUGCUCUCGCCCGACACCGGCGACAGCGAGUCGGGCCGCGGGGCCAGCGAGUCCGAGCCCCGGGACGGGAGAGGGGGCUGCCCCACGCCCCCCGACACCUUGGACGAGCGGACCUGGCCCGGGGAGGACGGCUCCCUGGCUUCGGCCAGCGGGCAGUCGGACGCCGCGUCCGGGGCCAAGUCCCCGUCGCUGGAGAGCCGGCUCCCCGUCAGCAACUCGCUGGCCUUCUCCGACUUCAGCGAAGAAUUCGUUGACAGCAUCCAGGAGGAAUUCUUAAAAGAAAUAGAAGAGCUUCGAUCCGAAAACGAUUAUCUGAAGGAUGAAAUUGAGGAGCUUCGAGCUGAAAUGCUGGAAAUGAGGGAUAUCUAUUUGGAAGAAGAUGUUUACCAGCUGCAGGAACUUCGUCAAGAACUAGACCGAGCAAACAAAACUUGCCGGAUCCUUCAGUACCGACUGCGAAAGACUGAACGCAGAAGCCUAAGAGUAGCUCAGACAGGCCAAGUUGAUGGAGAACUAAUCCGAAGUUUAGAGCAAGAUGUGAAGGUCUCAAAAGAUGUGUCUGUAAGGCUUCACAAUGAACUGGAAGCUGUUGAGAAGAAAAGAAUAAAGUUAGAAGAAGAAAAUGAAGAUCUUCGACAGAAACUCAUUGAAAUGGACGUUUCCAAGCAGGUGCUGCAGAAUGAAGUGGACAAAAUGAAAGAGAGCUCUCUGAAGAAAAGAGGUGGCCGUGUCGCUACAAAACCAGAAAAGAAGCCCAUGCCGCAGGAGGAUAGUGCUGAUCUGAAAUGCCAGCUCCAUUUUGCAAAAGAAGAAGCUGCUGUGAUGUGCAAAAAGCUGACCAAGUUAGUGAAGGAGAAUGAAAACAUGAGAGAGGAACUGGUGAAGUAUAGCUCUCUUUACGGUGACCUGGACAGUGCAGUGUCUAUUGGUGAAAUUGGAGAAUCUCCUCAUGUAAGAGAAGCUGAGCUAAAAUUGCAUCUAAAGUUGGUAGAGGAGGAAGCCAACAUUUUGAGCAGGAGGACAGUGGAAUUGGAGGUUGAAAACCGUGGACUAAAAGCUGAAAUGGAUGAUCUAAAAGGUCAUGGUGAGAAAGAAUCCUCAAGCCAGGAUAUCCGACUCGGAAUUACCAGCACUAGCUAUGGUGAGUUUGGGGAGAAUGUUGGUGAACUCAGGCGUCACCUUCAAUUUGUGGAAGAGGAGGCAGAGCUUCUUAGGCGAUCCUUAAUUGAGUUAGAGGACCAAAAUAAGCACCUCAUGAAUGAACUAAAUAGAUACAAAUCUGAAUCCAAUCAGGAGUCAACAUGGUCAGAUAGUUGCCCAUCAUUAAAUGAACCUUCCCAGGAAGAGCUCAUGGCAGCAAGACUCCAAAUCAAUGACCUCAAUGGGAAAGUCAAGAAGCUGGAAUACGAGAAUCGUGUGCUCGUUUCAAACCUUCAGCGUUAUGAUCUGGCAUCCUAUCACUGCCAAAAAUGUUCCAGAGAACUUGAUACUGAUAUUAGUGACUCUGUAGAUAUCUCUUCGCCUCAGCCCAGGAGAGAAGUACCAGUUGGAGGAGAAACUGAUUCAAAGGAAAUCCAAGAGAGAACCUCUGGAAGUGGGAGCAGCAGAAUUGCUGAUAAUGAUGAUGUCACUGCUAAGUUGUUGGGAAGUAAAGACCUUGAGAUUCUGUUCAGCAUUAAAGAUCAAGCUGAACUUGUUAGUGAAGUCAUUGAUCUCUUAAUUUCAGACACAGGUGGCUUAAUUUCUGAUGCCAAGCUUUGUUCAGCCAUUGAUUUGCCAAAUCAGUCUGUCAAUGAAAUUAAUGAUGAAGCUGCAAAUGCCAAUGAUACUAAAUUAUUGAGCUCCUUUAAUUCAAGGCUACUUGGUUUAAAGAUUGAGUUGGCAUCUGUUACUGAGAAAAUUGACCGUCUUGUUGAAAGUAUCAGAGAAGAAAGCAGGAGCAUGUCCCCUUUACCCCAUCUAACAGAGUCGGCGAGCUUCCUGUCCACUAUGACAACAAUGUCUCAGGACUUGCCCAUGGACUCUGUGGGAAAAGAAUUUGCAUCGGAUUUAAAGCAGCCUGACUUUAGGGAUCAAGUGGACUGGCAGCAAGAUGUUAGCCAUACCCCGGAGAUCUGUGUAACCAAUGCUGACACCAAGGAGUGCCGGGAAAAUUCCAAGGAGUAUACUGCUAAGGAGUAUAACAUCUACAGCCAUGAGGAAAGUGACUCCUAUGCUACUGAGGUCAAGGAACUGCAACUUGAUUUAUCUGAAGCAAAGGAGGCUAUCCGAGGACUGCAGGAGCAGCUUGUUCAGGAAAGGGAACUUCGGAAUGAAGAGGCGGUGAGAUUCCAACAGAAAAUGUCACAGCUUAAAGAGGAGCAACAGAAAGCUCUUGUACGAAGAGAUUUUGAGCUGCAGAGCUUGAAUUUGCAAAGCAGACUUGAACAGAAAUUCUGGAGCCAGGAAAAAAACCUGUUUGUGAAGGAAGCCGAUCAGUUCAAACAAAACCUCUUCCUGCUCUACAUGAAACUGAAGUGGUUCCUGAAACAUUGGAAAUGUGGCAAGAAGAUGGAUAAUGAUGGGGAUGAUUUACUAGAGGUCAACAGUGUGAAAGAUUUGUAUUUGCUGAUUGAAGAAGAAGAGCUGACCCCUCGCCAAGUGGACAAUAAGACUGUGACCACAGAUGAUCAAUCUCAGAAAACCUUUGAGGAGGCUUUGACUGUUCCAGUGGGAAAAUCUGUUCCUACAUCAUGUCCGAAACAGUCAAACGAAUAUAGCAGAGUUGUAGGAGACAUUAAAAUGAUUUUAAAAGACCUCUGCACAGAGUUAAAAGAGGAAAGGAGGCGAACAAAUGAUCUUCAGCUCCAGUUCGCAAAUGCCAAAUCAGCCUGGGAGAUAGAAAAGGUGGAACUUAAAAGUCGUAUCGCACAGCUGGAAGGUAGGGCUGGCAAAAUGACCUCUGAGAAAGCUCCAGGUGAUCUCAAGACUGCUUUGAAAUGGGAGAGAGAAGAACAUCAGCAGCUCCUCGCAGAUUCCUACAGUGCAGUUAUGGAUCUAACGCAGCAGCUUCAAAUCAGUGAAAAGAACUGGAGUCAGGAAAAAUUAGAGUUACUGGACCGAUUUAACACUGAGCGGAGUCACAGCGAGCAGCGUUUGAAGGAAAUGCAGCACAAGAUCAAUCAGAUGUUGCAACACAGAAACAGUGAAAAGGAAACUUCAGAUGAAUUAGAGGCUAAGGGAACUAAUUUGCAACGGGCCAAGUCAGUUUCUUCUAUGUCUGAGUUUGAGAGCUUGUUGGACACCUCUCCAUACUUACCUCCCACCUCUGCAACCUUGCCAAAAGGUUUAAAGGAUCUUGAGGAGCUGAACAAGAAAAAUUGGAAGCACAUGAAUAACGAUGGUGAAUUGUUACAGGAGAAAUCAGAAAGCACAUUAAUCAAGCAGUCAAAUGUGGAAGUGCCUGUAAUUUCAUCUUGGGACUUCACCAUGGCAGCAAAUCUAGUUAACCCACAUCUCAAUACAAAACAAAUACAGAGGAGUUACACAGCACCAGACAGAACUGGCAUUCGUAUUUAUUACAGUCCACCAGUAGUGCGCAGGAUGGAUGGUUCUGUGGUUCAAAACAAUGAAGGAAAGAUUAUGAUUGAACCAGGCUUCCUGUUCACCAUGGCGAAACCCAAACAAACUGAGGAUUCAGAGCCCCAUUCAGAGAAUGUGUGCAACAAGUGGUUUAAUAACUUUUCCAAGCACCGGGAUUUGCUGGAAAGUGGCGCUGGGGAACAUCCUGUUUCAGUUUCUGCUGCUGCUACUGGGUUUCCAUCUGCUCUGCAUGAUCUACAAAUAUCAGGUAACAUGAGUGAUGACAUGAAGGAGGCAGCCAAUUGCGUCAGAAAUGUUAUUUGUACAAGCUCAUUGGAAAGGAAGGUUAAUACUGCAAGCCAGACUGUUGGACUUAUCAGUGUGGGUACUCAGACAACCCGAAGUAUUAGUGUUGGGUUGCAGACUGAGAGUCCAAGAUCUAUCUCUAGUAGUCUGCACCGGUCAUGGGCAUCGAGAGGAUCCUUAUUGAUGCCAACCCAGAGUUCCCGUAGCAAACAACUCUCUUCAUCUUUGGAAAAGGUGCCGACUAAGUUUGAACGUCCUUGCUGUUCACCCAAAUAUGGUUCACCAAAGUUGCAGAGAAGAAGCUCAUCAAAAAUAGAUCAUAGAGAGCGAAGUCCAUGGGCCAUGUCUCAUCGAGGACAAAAUGAGUCAGCUUGGGCUAGGUCAACUACUACAAGAGAUAGUCCAGUACUCAGUUCAAUCAAUGAUGGACUGUCCAGUUUGUUUAACGUUGUUGAACACCCAUCUGGAAGUGUCGACUCAGUUUGGAAAUCAAGCCAACAUGAAACAAAAACAAAAGGCGAUACAUCAAGAUAUGGGAUUGUUCAGGAGUUUUUCAGGAAUGUGUGUGGCAGAUCCCAGAGUCCAACAAAUGGAGCUGACAAACCAUUAAAAGAUCCAGUUUCUGAAGAAAGUAUCAGAAAAACAGAUUUGGCUGCUCCAUUGGGCCAAACGCAGGUAGACAGUGUUUCCAGAAUUGUAAAUAAAAGACUUCCCAAGCAACCGAACAAGGAGGACCAAAAACCAACAUCCUAUCCAGCCCAGGGAGCUAAAGACCCAGACACACGGGAUGCUUGUGGAGCUUCUGGUCUACUUGAGGAAACAUCAUGUGAUUGUACAUCUCAGUCACUCACCUCCUGCUUUCCAUCCAGGUCAGUUCGCCAUUCGUUAUCACAAUGUAAAUCACGUUCUUUGCCUUCAGAUCCCAGCAUGUCAGAUGAAAAAUCAGGCUGAGUCAUGAACUGUGCCACGUACCGAAGCAAGGAGACAGCUUUAUGUGUGCUAAAAUAAUGUCACUCUACAACUUUUGCUCUGACAGCAUAAGUGAAAUUCUCAGAGACAUUUUGAAAAGAUGUUUGUGAUUUUUAUUGUCGUAGUCACUGUAGAUUGCAAAGUACAAACUGUGGAGGGAAAGCAAGCUAUUGAUUUUUUAACAAGAGAAUCUGAGCAAUCUAGGUUAUAAUGCAUAGGUGGUUGAAUCAUUUCUGUAAUAGCAGUACAUAGAUGUUCAUACAACAACAGGAUUGUUAAACUAGAUUAUGAUCUAUGACAGUCUCUACUUCUUUUGGCAAACAUCCUCCUAUCUUUAUGCUGCUUUCUUCCGAUUCUCACUUGUGAUCUAUAGAUGUGUCUGGGACCUCAAUCAUUAUUGCCCCACUCCACAGAUAUAUUUAACUAAGAAGGAAUAAAAACUUGCAACACACAUUUCAAACUGCACAUUUGGGAAUCUGGAGAGAUCCCACUCACCAAUCAUAAAGUUAGCUGCAAAUUGUUAAUAUGUAUAAAGAGUAUCAAGAACUAAUAGAUCUCCUGUAGCACUGUCGUCAGAGAGUAUGGAGGAUGAAAUUUUACUUGGGUGGAGAAGUUAAGUGGGUGGAAUUGCAUGGGCCACCUGUUACACACCCUGCUUGAUAAAGGUGGUUCCCUUUAGGGAAAGGGAUUUAUAAGCAAUGUCCCCUCUAGUUUUUUUUCCAUUGUGCACAGCCUGUUCAGCGAAUGCACAGUACCUUUAAUUUUCUUUGUCUGGCAACACAAUCACGCAGCAUGUCUUAAAGGAGAUACUUGUGAGUAGCCUGUGCCGUGCUUUCCAAGUUACACAGUUUACAGGUAGUAUUACCAGAUAAGUGUUAAUUAAAUAGUGCAGGCAUGGCUCAACCAAGUGCUUUGCAGAUUUGAAAGCACUUACAAACUGCAGGCCAUUGGUUAGCUUUCUCUCUCACUUUCAGAGUUGUUUUUCAUCUGUAACAAAGUGGUUUUGUCUGGUGGAUGAUAAAAUUGAAUGUGACAGUGAAAUAAAUUCCCACAUUACUUCUGCCCCAAGACCAGUUGUUCGUUACUAUUCCUGAUGAUGCAUUCUAUCAUUUAUAAACUAUUAUUGAAGGGAAACCACUGAACUGCAAAAGGGGAAAUUAAUAUUCUGUCUAUGAUAAGAAUGAAGUAGUCGGCUGUGUGUUACAAAGCAGGAACACCUCUUAAAAUUGAAUUAGUUUAAAGAAACAACUUCACUUUCAUAAUUUACAAUAUCUGAGCUUUUUCUUGUUACUGCUUUGUGACACUGUAUAUUGUGGGUUCCAUAUACCAAAUGAAUGCAUUGGAGGUUAUGCAAUAGUCAGAGGUCACUAGCAUAUAAGUACUUGGGGGAAAGAUGACAUGUGAAGACUAUGGCCUAGCCUCUUGAGCCUACUAUAUACUGGACAGAAAGUGAAUGCUGAUUGAGCCCAGAAGUGCGCAUCCUGUAAUAUUGGUGUAGGCAAGAAAAUAUUGACAGUAAGGAUCAAUGCCUGAAGCAGGUGUUAGACACUUUGCGCAUUCAAGUAAGGGAUCUAAUGCCUGUUUGAGGCCCCCUUUGCAAUAUUGGGUUGCCCUGAUAGAUGGUUUGGCACUCGCAGCAAUGUUCAGGAAAACCAGGACUCUAUUCAGCCUAACAGGUGGAUCUUAAAGUGACAGCUACAGGCCACAACCGUAAUGGUAAGUGCUUCAAAUAUACUUAAACUGCAUGUGGAGUUGGGAGGAGCAGGAGUGCUUCCCUUGUACCCCACAUUAAAACCACGUGAGCCAGUGUCUCUUUACUGACAAGCUGCCUGUUCAUUAGGUGUUCACAGCUCACUAUCACAAUGAUCUUGAGGUGUCAGGCCCACUAUAACAUGCACCUCAGGCCUCUCUGUUUAGGACUGGAGAUUGUUCUGCCGUUUAUGGGCACCUUAGAAUUUCCAGGCCAUUUCACUGUUCUUUCCCACUCAUUUUGUAUUACUCUGGAUAUAAUCUAAAAAAAGAAAUUCUGAGGGAGAUUAUUGCACAACACUUAUAAUAGAAUUUCAGCAUUAGAAGGGAAAUUGUGCCUGAGGAAUGCUGAAAAAGAAAGAAUGGGGUGGAGAUGUGUAGUGUCAGCUGACAAUAUGUAGUGCAAGGAUUUCCUCCAUUUCCCACAUGGGCCUGGAGUAGGCCUAGUCCCAGUAUAACCGUCUGAAGGAGACAGUAGGGAGGGGGCAUCGUUUUCCUGAUUGUCUUAACAGCUGGGUACCACAGCAGAGGGAUGCUGAGAAAAACCAGGCAGGUGAUUUUCUCACUUGAAAAGCUGGCUGCCAGCAUUUGACUAUUGGUGUAGGUGUGACACCUCUACCCCCUGUUAACUGCAUGUGAUGCAGUAAGUGGUUUAACCAAUAUACCAUAAAGCAGCCACUGGAGUUGGUUCAUAAAACUGCCCGAAGCCUUCUCAUCAUUCAUUUUUGCGGGGUCAGAAGAAGGAGGAAUACUCCUCCUUUCAUCAUAUAAAUAUUUCAGCCUACUGCUGGUUCACGUGCAGCUCAUCCUGCUCAUUGCUCUCCCACCUUCGCCACCCAGUUGAUCAGCUCCGCAAAAUCCAUUGGACCCCAAUUUGGUGCAUGCAGCUUGCUGGUUCCAUGUAAAUGAGCCUUCAUCUGCACAGUACAAUGACAAGCAGCCAGUGUAUGAACUCUGCUCCCCUCCCCCUUACCUCCGACCACUGGUUUGGCACUAGAUGUUAAAAGCACUCCCUCCACCCACCCAUAGGGUAGGAUUGGGGUAGAGAUUCACCUCGGACGGUGACAUAAAAAAGGUGCUAUUGGAUCAGCUGCCCAUUCUACAUGGUACCUGAUAUUUAAUCCGACUAACUGCAAUGGAACUGAAUAUUAGACACUAUUAUUGAUUUAUUGCAGCUUGUAUGCACCACUGUCCGAGAUGAACUUCUAACCCUAUACCUUUAUAAUAUAGUAGAUUAGGUGCCUUGUUGAAUUUGUUGCCGGGGGGAGUGAAUCGGCCACCUGUUGUAGAACCGGCACAAAUUUUUUUCCCUUUGAUUUAAUGCAAUGAAUUUUAUUCUAUAAUCGGUUACAGAGCUUCUCCAAUAGAUUACUGUUCAAACAACAAAGUUGAAAGUUAUCCCUAUUCUAUUUGAUUUUAUUUCUCUUGUCUUUCCCCACCGCAUCCUCCACCCGCCCCUUGGUAUUUAUAUGCCUUAGUGUCACUAUCUGGUAUUGAGACCAGACCCCUUCAGCAUCUUUAUUUACCUGUUUCUCAUUCUAACAGCCUCUCACUCCCUUUCCCAAAUUCUCAGCUUCCAAUUUCCUUUCCCAAUUUACCUGCUUGUCUUCCUCUCUCUUUCUUCUCCUAUUUCCUCUUACAGUCUUGCUUGUCCUUCAUUUUCCCCCAGUUUGUCUUGCCUUUCCUGUCACAUCGCUGUGUCUGUCACUUAGGCUCCCUUCCGACCAUAUUCCUUUCUCUGUUCAACUAUAUUCCUCGUUCCAGGUGAUUAUCUCAACCUUUCGUUAUCCCAUCCAUCAUUACCCCAUCCACUCUAACUUCCUCUGGCUAGCCUCUCCCAAACUGUGUGCCUUCCAUUUCCCAUCCCCUUUUGGGCAGAUCUCACUUUUCCCAGUCUGUGACCCUUUUCCAUUUUUCUCCCAAUCUGUAUUUUCUUCUCACCCUUCCAGUCUGACCUUCCUUAACAUGUCAUGUUCCAAUCUAGCAGCCUUGGUAUUGCUCCUCCUCCAUCUACAUCCUUUAGCUCUUCACAUGACCUGUUCCAAUCUGGUGACCUUUGCUAUUGCCUCUUCCGAAACUUAUUCCCUCUCUGGUCCAGUUUCCUUAAUAUCAUCUUUCCUAGUUUGUUUCCCCUUUCAAAUGCCUUUACUAAUUUGUCUUCCUUUUUCACCCCCAUGAUCUUUACCAGUCUAGCUGCUUCCAUAUCCAGUUACCCAUGUCUCGAUGACCUUCCCAAAAUGGCUCAACUUGUCAUUUCUUUUGCCAUUCUUGUUCACUUUCCAGUUGCUCUCCCCUUCUUGUCUGACAUUCUUCACAAAUGUCUUCCUUUUCAAACGCCCUUAAUUCCCCUGUGUACAUUUGUCAUUAUACUUAUUAGUGUCUCUAUCUACUUUCCUGUUAGUAUUUCUCCUAGUUCCCCUUUCCAUUGCCCCUACGAUCUGCCUCCUAUUUCCUGCUUGUUUUUCCCUUUGAAUCCCUUCAGUGUUCUUCUGGCUUUUUUUCCUCAUUGCAUCUCCCAAUCUUCCCCCUAUCCCACCCCCACGUUACCACUCCCAGACUGGUUUGCACUUCCAUUGUCCCUUUCAAUAUAACUCAUAACUUGCCUUUUAAUUUCUUCUAGUCUAUUCCAGCAUUAUUUUCCUUCCUUUCUCUAUUUCUCAUUUUCAGUCUUCUAGUUGCCUCUACCAAAAUGUCUUCCUCUUGCAUCCAUUUCCAUUUACUCUCCCACUCUCAGUCCUUGUUUGAAUGUGUAUGUCUCUUCUCCCAUACCCCUCACUCCCGUUGUUAUUGCUCUUACCAAAUUGUCUGUUUCCCACUGCCCCCACACCUUGCCCCACACUCCCCACAAUGUCAUCCAUCACAUUGCCCUUUUCUUUGUUUAACCUACCAUGGCUCUUCUGUUUUAGUUCCCAUGCUAGCUUGCCUUCUCAAGUUGUCUCUCACUUGUCUUUCUUCCCUUUACUUCUUCCAAUUCAGUUCAUGUAUUAAGUUGGCUCCCUUCCCCACUUGCCUACCCAGCCCCGCCUUUAAUUGGCUUCCCUUGCCAAUACUCCCAACCUGGCACCUUUUCCACUGGCCAUCCCAAUCUGCCUUCCCAUUUCUCCUUGUAAUUUUUCUCCCCUGCUACUCAUCUCAUCCCAUACCUUGUUCAUUGACUCCAUUUGUUCAACCCAAUCUAACAUCACAUCUCAGCCUAAAACUUUUACGGGCCCUGGUGAUUCCACUCGAUACUUUGGCUUCCACGUAAUUUCUUUGGGAUGGGUACUCUGCUGUAUCAGCAGAGGCAUCUGCUCCAUUUAGCCACAGGAAACAAGUAGUGGUUCCUUGCUAGGAUUGAUUGCUGUUUGCCUUCUCCACUGUAGGUUCUGAAUGAGGCCUACACCUGCUCACGGCAACAUAGGUUCUGCUAAGCCUAUCAGAGAAAUUUCAGGCAAAAUUCUUGGGGUUGCCCUAAAUGGCUUCAGAAACAUCCCUAAACUCCUGGAAUGAUGUGAUUGGUACAGGCAGAAGCACCUACACUUCCAACAUCAGGAGGAAACUAUAAGAGGGUGGAAACCUAAUGGAACCAAAUUGCAAACCUUCUCCCUUGCCGAACCAAUAGGAACUCUUCACUGAGUGGAAGUUUUAUGCUCUUUUUAUCCCUCUCAAUGUGUUUUUCCUUGUUAUCCCACUGUUCCAGUCUGGCUACCCUUCCCAUUUACCUUUUCAGCCUAGCCCUCCUUCCCGUGACCUCUCUCAAUGCAACCCUGGUUCUUUGUUUGUCUCUUCUACUCCUUCCCCAUAUUUUGACCUCUUCAAUUUCACUCCCCUUUCAUUGCACAAUCCAAUAUGAGCUUCUUUCCUGUUACACUUCCCUAUCUGGCUCCCCUCAAUAUUCUGCUCAAUGUUCCCUUGAUGUUUAAUGGAACAUUGUCUUCCUCUGGUGGCCCUUGCAAUUACAUCUUUUAGGUUGGAUUCCAUCCCAUUCCCCCCUCAAAUUAUUUCUGCUUGCCCUUAUUUCCCAUCCUUGUCUAAUUCCAUGUAGCUUCCCAUAUUGAUUACCCUGGAUCUUUUGACUCUUACCACUCCAUUUACCUUUGACUUCCCUUUCCUGUACCCACCCACCGCCCCCCCCCGCAUCACAAUUUGACUCCGUCUGGUUUUCUAUAAUGUAUAAAAAUCCAUCUCCCCUUACCAUCACCUCUACCCAUUUGAUUGUUUCUGGUUUUCAAUGAUUUUUAUCCCUACCAACCUGUCUUCCCCUUUGCCAUCCCUAUUAACUCUCCCAUUUUAGCUCCAUUUGUCAUUGCCCUCUCCAGUCUGAAGUUCUCUGCUUCUCAUGUUGCUAACCAUCUAUCUUUUGCAGGCACCCUUUUAUGCUUUCCAUUCUGACUUACACUGGCUUCCUUACUAUUAACCUGACAAAUCCAGCUUUCCUAGCUAUUUCCUGUCCCAAUUUGUGAUAUGCUGGUUUCCAUUGCCACUGCCUUUUCUAAUUUAUUUUCUUUGGCUAUUCUGCCUAUUGCCCACCCAAUUUGGCCUUCCUUGACCUCCCUUGCCACUGUUCCUCCCAUUCUAGCUUCCUCUCUUUUCGUUGCCACUCUCCCCUCUGCCUUCCCCUCAUACUUACUCCAUUCACUUUGACUUCUCAUGAUCCUUCCCUUACAAAUCUAGGGCAGAAUUUUGCCCUCGGAUGGCGUGCGGGCCCCACCGGCUCGGCAGCGGGCGGACAGCCGACCCCCACCACCGAAACGGGGCCCACCGCCAUUUUGAGUGGACGGGCCAAUUAAGGCCCACCCAGCGGCCUGCCCGACGCUUCCUGUUCCAGGGGGAGGGAAUUCCCAUCUGUCAAAGUGUGCUCUUUCGCACAUGCGCGCAAAAGAUUGCACUGCUCCCUGAGGCAAAG